CGUGAAUUACCAUUAAUCCGUCUCAUCCGUCGAUUUAUUUCGGUAUCUGGCCACGUGUAGAAGGGCGCCGUUUCAUGACCAGCCAUCUGAGCCAUCUCUACGUGCAUAUACACAUGCAUAAUUACGUACUGUAACUUAUGUACGGUCUGCGCCAUGGUCGUGGGGAAACUAUUUUUCGUCGUUUUUCGUAAACGAGAUUGAGAUUGAGAAGCGAGGCGGAUUGCAACGCGAGUAAUCUCGCUUGAGCGGACGACGACGACGACGGCGAUAGUUGAGAAUUAGGUAAGUCAACUUCGUCCACUCGCCGAAUGCCGGGACGUAAAAACCGGGGGAAGAGGAUGGAGACGACGUCGGGUAUCCGAGAUGACGCGAAGCGACGAGGUGCAACUUGAUUUUUUUUCAUUCUCGUCUUCGUAGCGUCGCGUCUCGUCGCGGAUGCUCCGCGUGUUUUGUCGAAACGAGCGCGUUUCGGCCCCACGAGGACGCGUAAUGCCGUUUUUAUACAUCUGUAACUUGUCUCUCUUUCUCUCUCUUUCUCCAUCCUUCCUUCUCCCCUGUACUGUCGAUUAAAACGAUCGGUCGGUCUCUCCGUCCGUUCCGGGACGAUUAAGGAAUCCAUCAACGCGGAGUGUUACGGCACGACGUCGGUCGUCGCGAACAACAUUGACAGCACGCGCGCGGAAUGUCCCAUCCUGUCAAUUAUCAGUUUGGCGAAGUUAAAGAGCGUCUUAACUUCGCCCCCUCCUCACCCUUGUGGCUCCGACCGUGGAGAUCAGUUCAGUUUUAAGUUUGUUCCUGGUGAAUGAAUUCUUCGGUAGUGGAACGGUUGUUUGUUCUUGGUUGGACUCUGAGAUCUCUCUCACGCACGCUCUCUCUCGCAAGUUGGUAAGUAGCUGGAGGAUUGUCCAGAUAUGCUCCGGCAAAAAUGGUGAAUAGCAAGAGAAAAAUUUACUCCUAGUGGACCGCAAAAUAAACGUCCUACUCUUCUUCUUGUAUGCGAAACAAUUGUAACUUGUCAUUUACACACGUAAUUAAAAUUUUAUAAUUUGUCUACAUUCGUUGUUGUAAGUAUAAUAUACAAAAGUAUGGCCGUUUGUGCAGCUUCUGUAUUUGUUUUCUCUGUACUGCGCUACAUAAUAGAAUUCAUAAAAAUCUUUUGAGGCACAUUUGUCAAUGAAUUUGCAACGAAUAAGAACGCGUUCUGCUUUGUGCCACGUGCCUUUCGCACGUGUGCGCAUGGAACGCGGACUCACUGUUCAUAAAGUUAAGUAUGACAUCUUACCUUUGAUGCAUAUAUAUAAAUAUAUAUAUGUAUACUAAUUGUGCUCACAAGUAUGAGAUAAUACGUAUACUAUUUAGAUAUUGGUCGAAAUACUUAGUUGUUAGCACGUGUGGCAAUAAUAUAUGAUGGUAAGUAAGUACGGCUAAUUCAAAUAUUCCACUAAACUUACAAUAAAUAAUUAACAAACACUUGAUACGAAUGCUACAAAAAAAAUCGCUACUGCAGGGUUGGCUAUGCAACACAUAAAAUUACAUUCAUAGACAUAAAGUUCAGUUGUCUGUGAAUAUAAUGUUUGUCCAUUGAUAUUCUUUUUACAAACAUGCUUUUUCGUAGCAAUAAGAAGCUGCCGAAUCUUAAAUGUAUCUCUCUCUCUCUCUCUUUCUUUUUCUCUCUCCCUCUCUCUCUUUCUCUCUGUCUGUCUCUCUUGAUUCAUAAUAGAAAUGUGUAUUUUUGCAAUUUUGUGCCAACCUUGAUGUGUCGCGAUUAUCAUCAAUUUCUUUGGUCUUAUCAAAAUGUAAUAUUUUCAGAGGUAUUUUCAUCGCUGUGGUGAGUGUACAUCCGCUAUUACGGCCGUACCAUGCAGAACUUUGAUGAUCUUGAUAUAGAGGGACGUAAUCCUUCUCACUUAUCGGAAGAGGAUAAGGAAAAGGAAGAGUAUGAUCGGAAGCGUAUAAUGCGAUGCAGCGUUACCGCCGAAGACGGCGCGCUGAGGCCCGUCUACUCCAAGACCGAAGAUGGUGAUAUAUGGUGUCAUAUCUGUAACGUUGCCUUGUACGGGGCCCAUAAAUUGAUAAGUCAUAAUAUGUGUAAUCGUCACAAAAUGAAACUGGACGAGUGGCCAUAUCCGGUCAUGUUGUGGUCCAAACGACCGAAUAUGACCAAGAUGGUCACGCCAGUGCAGUCGACCACGAUCAGCGACACCCUGGCGCCCGGCGAGCCAGUACCACCCGGUAUGGAGGAUCAGAUCACGCGAACCACGUCGAUACAGAUGAGCUUAGAUCGUCAUCAGAGCUCGCCGCUCGUCGGCCUCGAGUACCUGCUCGAGUUGGUGGACAACGACUCCUGCGAGCCGAGUUACACGUGUGUUUUGUGCGACAAACGCGGCGAUCCGCGCACAGUGAUGGCGCACAUUACCAGUUACAAUCAUCGAAUCACGUAUCUGAACAGACACUUUCCAACAAUAUCGCGAGCGAUUACGGAGCUACCGCGCACCCCCAACUAUAAGCGCGGGGCCAAUGAAAUAUCGGUGUUAGUGGCGAAGAAAAUCGAAGAAAAGUUUGGAAGAAUGAAGCCGCAAUUGGUAGAUAAAGCGCAGUUUGAAAAGAAUAAGAUGCAAUAUAUCAAGAGAGUAUAUCAGGAUGUUCAUUUUAGGGAAACGUUGGAGUGUACAUUUAUGGAAGUUUACGAUGUGCGAUGGGUAACAAAUUUUGAUGAAAAAAUGGCAGAAAUGAAUGGUAAUGUUAAAAAGAAAGAUUCUCCCGAGAAAAAGGUUGACGAUAAAAAUAAAAAGGAAGAAAAGAAAAAGGAAAAGUCACCUAAAAAAUUGGAUUCUAAAGGAGAAUUGACAAAAUCGGGUUUCAAAAUGCGUAUAGUUAACAAGGACAAAAUGAGCCUUCGAAAAACUUCACCAAAAUCCGAGGAGAAUGUAAAAAAGUCACCAAAACGACCCUCAGAUGACACCAAAUCGCUUUCGUCACUUUCCAGCAUAUCUAGCAGUCCAUCGCCGUCCCGCUCGAGAUCCCGCUCACCGACUCGAAAUAAAAAAAGGAGUUCCAUCGAGAAAAGCACAGGAAGGUAUCGUAGCGGUCUGCGACACUCGCGCGAACGUACCCGUGGUCGAACGCGAUCACGAUCGCGAUCGCGAUCUUUACAGCCUCUUAGGGAACGCGACAAGUGGGAUAAAUAUCGCGAGCAGAUUAGACGCGCCGAGGAAACAUUGGAUCGUGCUCUGAAAUUCCACGAGAAGAAUCCCGAAAAGCAUCCGUCUUAUCCAGAUGAAUGGAAGAAAUUCUGGAACAGACGAUACAAAGAGCUCCAAGCUGAAGGUAGUGAUCCGAGCAAACACGACUUCAAGCCGGAAUGGAUUGAGUUUUGGAACAAGCGGAUGCGCGAAAUUCAUAAUGAGCAGCUUCAGCAACGGAAAGAAGAGAUUAAAAAGAGAUUGGAAUUACCUGAAGAUAAACCGCCGGAGAAGUGGAUUCCACCGAGGCGAGAUCGAGAUCGAGAUCGAGAUCGAGAUCGAGAUCGAGAUCGAGAACGCGAACGAGAACGAGAACGAGAAAGGGAACGAGAACGAGAACGGGAACGAGAACGUUCUCCCGCAAAGCGUACCAAGCAUCGUAUAGAAAGUGACGAUGAAGUAGAGUAUGUUGGUACGAAAGUGGCCAAACCCGACUAUUAUGACCGUCACGAGGUUAGAGACCGAGAUUACCCAUAUUCUUCGUACUCGCGCGGAAGAGGAAAUGUAUACAAUUAUCCAUCGCGUACUAGGCCAAUAUAUUAUGCGACGCCGUACCCUGUAAAAGACAAGUCGCCUACUCCAUCUGUCACGGAAGAGGUAUUGACGGAAGAUCUUGAAGUAGUCGGUUUAUUACGAUUGCUUACAGCACUUGAGGGACAGUUAGGUUCUCUAGGUCCUAAAAUAGUAUCGCUUUUGUCGAAAGCUUUAGCGGCUGAAAAAGCAAAGCCAAAUUCUGCUGAAGAACUGCUGUACGAUGAGGAAGUGAGCGUUCUUUUCGAAACUGUUAAAGAAAAACUCAAGGGCCAACUAUUUGCGGGCAUGGUGGAAAAAAUGGCGAUUACGGCCACUAAAACAGCUAUACAGAAUAUUGCCAAGUUAUUGCACAAAGCUUCUGAGAGCAAGAAAAAGCUAGAAGAAGAGAAGAAAAAGAAAGAGCGAGAACUACUGGAAGCAUCUAAACCUAGUUACAUUAAUCGAACUACCGCAUAUUCAAGAUCGAUAGAAAUAGCUGCACCAGCCAUUAAAUCUGAACCGAUAAGCGUACCAGGUGUCGGCACAGUGGACAAAGUCGCUAUCGCUCGGCAGAUCGCUACGGCUCUCGUUGCGCAAGGUAGAUCAAAUGUCUCGCAGGAAGAACUGGAAACUCUCAUUAACGCCGUAGUUGGCAUGGCCGAAGCAUCGAAACACUCCGAUAAACCCGUCACCACUGCUGACUUUGUUAAAGGUCUAACAAAUAGCGGCACUGUCGCUCCUUCACAAGCAACGGAACCUGCAGAAACUAUCCCCACUAUUUCGAUGGAGUCCGCACAACCUCAGGAUUCGAAAACAGAGAAAGAUUUGUCGGAUUUUGAUCUGAAAUUAAAGCUUCAAAAAUUUAAGGAUUUAACCACACAGGAGCAACACAGUCUUAUAAGUUCUCUGAAGAAGCUUGAAGCGAGUGAUCCGACGAGAGUGGAGAAGCUGAGAGACUUUGUUAAUCUUGGCAUGUCGAUACCAGGAAUGUCUUUGUCGAAUACGAAAUCACCGAGUCCGGACCGAGUUGAACCGUCUCAUAGCAAAAGCAGGAAGAGUAUUUCCCCGUUUUCUAUUCGUAAAGGAAAUCAGAAUCCACCAGACGAUGAGGAUAAAUGGAAACCUAAAUUGGAUAUAUUCGCGAAUGAUGAGAAUGACGAGCAACAAACGAAAAAAGAUAACGAUGACAAAAAUAAGAUCAAGACGAUAGAUUUGUCUGAUGAUGACGACGACUAUACAUUCGAGGAUAUCUACAAAGCAGCGAAUAAGAAUGUGAACGAAAAUGAAAAAGCGAAAAAGUCUCGUACCUUUUCCAAAUCUCCGACAUCAUGGUCUCGAUCGCAAUCGCGAUCGAGAUCGAGAUCACGAUCAAGAUCAAGAUCGAGAUUGCGAUCACCGAUAUCGAGGCAAAAAGAAACUACGAAAACGAAUGAUCCGAAUGCGAUAUUGAAUGAAACUAAACGUCUGAUUGCGAACAUUAUGUGCGACCUGCCGAACAAAUACGUUCCGAAAUCGUUGAGUCUAGGCAGCGAUAAAAUCGAGACUGUAGCAGUUACUAACGAACCAGCGCCGCCUGGUUCAAUGCCUUUUUACAAUCAAAAUUUUCUUCCAAACAAUCAGCCGCGGCCACAGGAACAACCACCGCCGUUGACUUAUCCUAAUGUGUCGAAUCAACAGUUUUCUAAUUAUCAACCACAGCCGCAAAUGUUUCCCAAUAAUACCGGAUACAUGGACAAUGGUUAUAAUUAUCAGGGUUACAGCAAUCCGGUUAAUCAAAGUCAAUACGGUGGACCGCCGAAUCAGUAUCCUCAGCAAACUUACGGUUCUUACGGUGGACCGCCGCAAGCCGCGCCUCCGCCAAACUACGUUCAGCAACCCCCGUCACAGCAAUACGACCCUUAUAUGCAGCAGCAGCAGCGAUUUUAUUGAAUGAAACGUUCUUCGUUUCAUUGAUGAUUUCUUCAAUGAAUAUUCGCAUACGGUCAGAUCUACAACAAACUCGAACGAAGUCUCAAGACUCGUGCUCUUUUUAUGCACAAACGCGCUUGUACAAGUUCUAAACUAAUUUUUUUAUUUCAUGCUGUAUUUUUAACGAAAUGAAUCAUUCUAUUAUAUGAUUAGAUAAAAAUGGCACUUUUAUUUGACUGCGCAAGUGCUUCCGUAGUGUUUAGAAGAAUUGUACUUAUAAAAAGUUGUACUUGUUUCAAGUAUCCUCCGCUCGAUUAUUCUUUCUACGCAUGUAUCUUUAAAACGCAUCUCCUAUUCAUAUCUCAAUAUCGAAAUGUGACGAGAGUAAAAAAAUUAUAGAUUAUUAUAUUGUCAUUUUUGAAUGAGAUAGGAUCUCGUUUCGAUGUAUAACAACUUGCGAAAGUGUCAAUUUUGUUAGAUGUAUAAUGUUUGAAAUUUUAUUUUUUACUCGUGUACAUUCGUAGCGUCUUUUCAUUCAUAACUCAUAUUUCCUUUGCAUGAGUUUUCAUGUAUCCGCUACGCGGGUGUGUGCCAGUGAAAGUCUUGUACAAGCUGUGUAUAAUGAUCGUAUGUACGUCACUUUUGAGUGAAUUGUACAUGUACUAAGUGAACGUGUGCCGUUGUUAUACAUACAUCGUGCGACUUCGACCAAACGAAAGUAAGUAAAAUGAACAGAACUAAUCGCCAGAGUAUGUGCAUCGACACAACUUAAUUUUACUAUUUGUAAUAUUUGAUAAGUAAUAAUCACCGCUUGUGUCGCAUUGCGAUGAUAUUUAGCAAGAACAGAUCACGAUAAAUGUGUAAAAAGUAUUUUAAGUUUUUAAAAUACUUUGCAUUGACGAUAUUCAGGAUCACAUUUAAUAUUUACUGAUCAGAGUGUAAUUCAUUAAUAAAUGUAUUACAAGAAAGCGUAUUAUUUGUUAAUAAAAUUUCCAUUAAUUUAAAGUAAUACGAAUUUUGAAGACUUAUCCUACGUUUCCAUAAUUUC